AUGUCCUCCAAUUCUGCAUCAGCCUCCGCAACGCGAGACGCUGACCGUAUAUCGUCCGCUCAACAAACUCUUGAUAUUCUGCAUGAAAUGUCGCAGUUACUGAACACACAACUCGACAAGGAGACACUGACGACUUGUGUGCGGAUGAUUGAAAGUGGGGUCAACCCCGAGGCACUUGCGCCCACCGACUAUGACAUCCGCCGUGAAGUUGAGGCCUUACGGGACAUCCGACGUCGUUCAACAACCCCACUCACCAUCGACCCCGACCUACCGCCAAACCAAUCCACGGCGUCACCUACCAACCACUCUACCAGCCCAGACAACUCCCCCAACACAGAUGUGUCAGACCCUUUCCAUCUAUUCUGGGUCCCCGCAGGACUUCAUCCAGAAAUCGCUCCCCAGGAGUUUCGCGCUUUUCUUAAGGAACACGCCCGAAACCCCCCAGCAGAUGACGAGUCAAAUGGUCUCCAACGGGCUACAAGCCUUUCAUCAGGCGCAACAGGCCUUGGCCGGAAAAAAUCCAUGCUUAGUCGCCAGUAUCAGCCUUCCGAAAACGACACCGCCAACGACGACACUGUUGUACCAUUAAGGCGCAACCGCUCGGGAAUUUACUCCUCAAAUCAGAAUCAAGGGCCACACCUCACCAUAAGCGACUUGCAAAAGCUUGAAGAACUGGCAGAGGAGGCCUCGACGAGUGACGAUCCUGCGAAACUCCGCAAUAUCCUUCGUCGUAGUUUGAGUCUCAAUGUCUCCCCAUUGGCUCUCGAUGAAGGUGAUUUGGGCGAUGAAGCAGACCAACCUAUCAUUGUUGCCCCGCCAGGCCAGUUUCUACGAAGGACAGCCAGAACAAGAAUCCGUAAACCAGGCUUACCUGGUGAUGGCGGUGGUCAUCGUUUUGGUGAGCGGAGAAGAGGCCCGUCCGGCAGGUCUGCCACUGCUCCCGGUCUCCAGCGCACUUCAAGCGAUGUUUCCUCCAGUGAUCACGGCGAAUCUGUCGAGUCCUUUUCAUCACGACCAAGAAUCUCCGACGAAAAUGCUCAAGACCGGCCUAUGUCGUUCAGCGAGGAGGCACAGAUUUAUGAUUCAUAUGUUCGCGACGAUGAUGACGACCUUCCCCCGACUCUCCCUCCAGUUCUAAUAACAUCCUCACCUCCUUCCUUUAUGACAGACUUUCCCGACGUAACUCCACAAGUUGAAGUAGAGCCAGAGCCAGAAUCAGAACCACUUGCUCAGGUCAUCCACCAGCCACAACCAACUCGUCUCUUGGCUCCCGAUCCCUAUCAACAACAACCACAACCUCCUUCCCGCACUCCUUCGCCUGCAGAGUACGAGCCAUCAGUCUCCGAAACACAUAGCCCAAGUGGAACUCCCUCCAAUUCCCCCCCUUCCGGCUCGUUCAUCGCUCCAGCACCGUCUCCGCGUAAGGAGAAAGACAAAAAAGGUCUGUUUGGCAAGUGGGGGAGCGAUAAGGAGAAGGAAAAGUCCUCCAAGAGUAGCAAGAAGGACAGGGAACGAGCAGACAAAGAGCAGCGCGAAAAGGAAUCAGGCUUCUUUGGUUCAUUGUUUGGCAAAAAGAAGCAGGAUAAUCAACCGGAAACGACGGGCUUACACGGUGGACGAGAAGCAGCUCAAGCUUUGCUCGGUCAGUCACAGAGAGCACCAAGAUCGCCCGGCCCGCCUUCUCCGAUGAUGGGUCCAGGUAUCAACAACUACUCCCGUUAUCCCAUUCAUGUCGAGCGUGCCAUUUACCGCCUUAGCCAUAUCAAGCUUGCCAAUCCUCGACGACCACUCUACGAGCAGGUGCUAAUCAGCAAUCUGAUGUUCUGGUAUCUUGGCGUCAUCAACAAGGCACAGACAAAUACCCAGAAUGAGCAACAGCAAGCAGUUCCAGCGACAAGUGGACCCACAGAUGCGGAGAAAGAGAGGCUAGAACGAGAAAGAGUUGAGAGAGAAGCGGCAGCUCAGGCAGAGAAAGAAAAGCAAGAACGGGAGAGAGCUGAAAGGGAGCAACGGGAACGAGAGUUGUUGGAGAGCAAGAAAAGGGAAGCGUCACCGCGAAGGGGGUCGCUUACCAAAGCUUCCACUGGUCCACCCCAAAGGCGGGCUGAAAUGCCGGUCAAAGGGCCUCAAUACGAGAUGCAACAUCGCGUGAUGGAGAAAGAGUAUGCAGGGUACAACGGCAAUGGCCAGAGACCGAAUAUGGCUCCUCCAGUGAGCGGUUAUCCUCGACAACAGUCUCCGCCUAAACAGGAGUAUAAUUAUUACUCGCCUGGUGAGACAUUGCAAUCCCAGCAACAACGCCUUCCCCCGGGAGCCAUGCCGCCUGUGGACCAAUCAUCAUGGCAUGCUGGACAACCACCACCCUCACGUUCUCCUCCUCCCCAACGACGGUCAAGAUCUCCACCACCAAAACAAGCAAUGCCAAUGUACAAUCCAGAGGGAGGAUCCGGUGGUGCACGUCUGGGUGGGCGGUCAUUGUCGGCAACUGCGGUAAUGCCUGUAGCACAACCACCGCCCAUGAAUGGCAAAAUUCGCAAGGGACAGAGUGCUCACGCCGGAGUCCCUGCGAACGCUCGAAGGCCACAGAACACACCACCGCCGAUGACUAAUGGAGGGGGAGCAAGGGGUGAGGAGGAAGACAUGCCGCUAGCAAUGUGGCAACAACGGCAGCAACGACGAUGA